GUGCGAGGCGCGGAGCUGGCGGCUGCGGAGAAAUCGGGAGCCAGCCUAGGCGGCAGUACUUUUUAGGUCUGUCAGCACUGCAGGAAUGGCAGAUUUUGGGAUCUCAGAAGGCCAGUUUGUGGCGGUGAUCUGGGAUAAGUCAUCCCUUGUAGAGGCUCUGAAAGAUCUGGUGGGUAAGCUUCAAGUGUUAACUGGCAAUGAGGGCCGAGUGUCUGUGGAAAACAUCAACCAGCUGUUGCAGUCUGCCCAUAAAGAAUCCAGCUUUGACAUUAUUUUGUCUGGUGUAGUCCCAGGAAGCACCACUCUGCACAGUGCUGAGAUUUUGGCUGAGAUGGCCCGGAUUCUUCGGCCUGGUGGCUGUCUUUUUCUGAAAGAGCCAGUAGAGACAGCUGUAGUUAACAAUAGCAAAGUGAAGACAGCAUCUAAACUGUGUUCAGCCCUGACCCUUUCUGGUCUUGUGGAAGUAAAAGAGCUGCAGCGGGAGCCCUUAAGCCCUGAGGAGAUACAGUCCGUUCAAGAACACCUGGGUUAUGAAGGUGACAGGCUGCUUUCUCUUCAGAUCACAGGCAAAAAACCAAACUUUGAAGUGGGUUCUUCUAGUCAGCUUAAGCUUUCCAUCUCCAACAAGUCUUCUCCUUCAAUGAAGCGUGCCGUGGACCCAGCCGCUGCCAAGCUCUGGACCCUCUCAGCCAAUGACAUGGAAGACGAGAGCAUGGAUCUCAUUGACUCAGAUGAGCUUCUGGACCCAGAAGAUUUGAAGAAGCCAGAUCCAGCUUCCCUGCGGGCUGCUUCAUGUGGUGAAGGGAAAAAGAAGAAGGCCUGCAAGAACUGCACCUGUGGCCUUGCAGAAGAACUGGAAAAAGAGAAGUCAAGAGAACAGAAGGGCUCCCAACCCAAGUCGGCUUGUGGAAACUGCUACCUGGGUGAUGCUUUCCGCUGUGCCAGCUGCCCCUACCUUGGGAUGCCAGCCUUCAAACCUGGGGAGAAAGUGCUCCUGAGCAAUGACAAUCUUCACGAUGCCUAGGAGGAACCUGAGAUGGGAUGACUCUGCUCCUCCAGCCAACUCCUGUCCCUCAAAUCCCACCACUGUGGCUCCUCUCACCCCCACCCCC